CAGUAGACCCAUAACCGCGAACUGCUUCAAUUCGUCUCGACACAAGCAAUAUGAAGCAUCACCUGUUUACUCUGCUAUUCGUUCUGUGCGUCUUGUACAUCGCGAAGCAGUCGAGAUGUUACAAGAUUCUAGCCAUCGUUCCCUCACCAUCCUACAGUCAUCAAAUACCGUACCGACGAUUAUGGCUGGAACUACACAAACGGGGUCACGAAGUUGUGCUAGUCACGGCGGAUCCUAUACCAAAUAUCACAUCUCCGAAUUUUACGCAAAUCGAUAUUAGCCAAUCAUACGGAAUAAUAAAGAAAUUAGAUUUUGUUCAAAGGCGAUUUGAGGGAAAAAGUUGGCUGGAUUUUGUGAAAGAAGAACUGUUGCAUGUAACAAAAGUUGUUGCGGAAACGGUGUUCAGUUCUACAGAACUGCGGAAGCUGUAUGCUCCAGAGAGCAACGCAACGUUCGAUAUCUAUUUGACGGAACUUCUCUCCGCGCCCUCCAUUUACGCUAUCGCACAUCGAUUCAAUGUUCCUAUGAUAGGGUUAAGUUCAGUAGGGAUGCUUGCCUAUAACGAACACGCUCUUGGUGGAUUGGUCCUCCCUUCUCACGAGUGCACGUGGGAAAUGGAAGACAACACGGGUGCGAAUCUACCGUUCCUGAAGAGACUGCGCAAUUUCGUCAACAUGUCGUAUUACAUAUACUACUACUACUAUACGCUCCUUCCUAACCAUCAGAAAUUGGCCGAGAAAUAUUUUGGGCCUCUGCCACCAAUGCUAGACGUAUUGAAGAACGUUAGCAUGCUUUUCAUCAAUCAGGCCGACGUAAUGGCACCGGCUCGACCGAAACUUGCCAACAUAAUCACGUUUACAUCCUCCCACAUAGAAAAAAAGCCAAAACCUCUGCCUAAGGACUUACAAGCAUUUCUGGAUGGCGCCACGAAUGGAUUCAUCUACUUUAGUCUUGGUAGUAACGCAAGAAGUGCAAGUUUACCACUGGAGAUCCGACGCAUGUUCUGCGAUGUGUUCACCAAGUUGCCUUAUAGAGUUGUCUGGAAAUUCGAGGAGGAUUUUCCCGGGAAACCUGAUAAUGUUUACAUCGAAAAAUGGCUACCACAACAAACCAUUCUCGCUCAUCCGAACAUUAAAUUGUUCAUUUAUCAAGGAGGCCUGCAGAGCAGCGAGGAGACCGUCUACUACGGAGUACCAGUUCUUGGUUUCGCAAUUUUGGGCGAUCAGGGUUACCAAGUAGCCAGAAUGGAAGCUCUGGGCAUUGGAAAAUCUUUGGAAAUAACAACCCUUAAGAAAGAUGAACUUGAAAAUACUAUUACAGAUCUUAUAACUAACAAAAACAUGCUUGUUUUCAGGUACAAAGAAAGGAUACAUUACAUCCGAAAUGUCGUUCAGGAUACACCGUACGAUGCGGUAAAGAAUCUCGCUUGGUGGACAGAGUACGUGAUACGAACGGAAGGCGCCCCUCAUCUUCGCAGUAGUCUAGCCUUUCAGCCUUGGUAUCAACGUUGCGAUCUGGACAUUGUAGUGUUCUUAACGAUCAUAAUUUUCUUGAUCGCUUCUACUACCUUUUAUUUAAUAGCCAAGACUUUUGUCUACAUUCAUAAGAAAAUCAAAUCAACUGAAAAGCAAAAGAUAAGCUAAGUAUUUAUGACACAAUUAAUUAAAGAGUGGUACUUAUAGCACAAUUCAGUCCAAGUGUCGCAUGUGUUUAGCAUCUCAUUUCAACGAAUGAAUUUUAUCUAGUUUCGUUAAGGAAAUGAUCAUCCCGCGUUUUGUAAUUGGCCAGUUACUUUGGUCACAAGACUAACGAUUCUGGCUCGGAAAAACUUUCAAAUAUAAGAAAGAUUAGAUUAACUUUAAAACCUCAUUAUACAUUGUUGAUCUCAAGAUAGAGAUUUUUUAGGAAGCGUAAUGUUUAUUAUAAAUUGUUAUCAUCGAUGAGGAGAAAUUACAUUGAAAUCGUAGGUAUGUCGAAGUAAUGUAAUGUUAUGUUUAGAUAUAUUUAGACAUACGUAUGUUGCGUUCCAGACGAAAUUUCGAUUGUUUCUUAAUUUAUUGUUUUUUACUGUGUUUGAAAUACUUUAAACCUUAUAAUAUAAGGGACCAAUCAGUGUUGCUGGCAAUAUAUUAAUCAUAUGAUCAAAUAGUCUUUGUUAUUCGCGAACAUAUCACAAUUUAUCCAAUAAGUCUCCGCAUCCUGCUCCGUUAAGCGAAGCAAAAUGUUGAUGAUGAUUGACAU